GAAUCAUCUAAAUAUAAAAGUAUAAUGUGAUAAAUGACUGAUCAGAGCACUAAACAAUCAUUUAUUUAACAUGUUUUAAAUAUAUUUGGGGUGUCACACCCUCUCUGACAUGCUCGGGACCGUCUGGCAGCAGCGCGCGCUGCGUUUUGGUCAUUUUUUGGACACUUCCUGCUUUUUCUGCAGACACCGUGCGUGUCCCGGUAAAAACGGGCUGGACGGUCGGUGUGUGUGUGUGUGUGUCGCAGUGUGUGUGUGUGUGUGUGUGUUUAGGACUACAGCUGUUGCAGCUGCUGCUGUUCGGGAAGGCGCAGAUAUCUGAACGUUGAUUUGAGGAGGGAGGAAAUGAGGCGUCGCGUUGCGCUUUGACGGUGCCAGAGGAAGAAAGACGAACCGGAUUCAAACAGGUGUCCGGUUGUCUCCCAUCAGCCCGGAGGAGUAGCAGGAGGAGAAAGAGGAGGAGAGAGGGGGGGAGAUACUGUGGAUCUCUAUCAGGAAACAGCAGAUCAAUCCGCUCGGUUCAGGACGUGUCGUGUCUUUCCGUGAACCAUGCGCUCCCCCGGCUCGUGAUGGAGACCCGGCAGCCCAAACCAGGACAAACCGGUCUGCCAACGGCUCGCUUUUUAGGGAGGUGAACACAGACUCCUCUCUGUGUCUCAGAGGAGGAAGAGGAGGUGAUAGAGGAAGAACGGGAGGAGGCGGUGACCGACGAAUCCCCCACGGGACAGGCCGACAGACCCACGCUUCAAACAGGUGUGUCUCCCAAUCUGCACCGACCCGCCGAGCAGUCUGCCUCCAGGUCUCAUUGUUCCUGUGGAGAUCACAUCCACACAGGGAGGUGGAGGAGCAGCAGGAGGAGGUUGGACGUUGGAGGAGGUGUGUUCUGGUUUUUCGGAGUUACAUUUGGCCCGGUUUGGCAUCCCGGAGAGCGCCGCUGCUCUCGGUGUGUUCGCAGCGCUACACCGGUGCGUAAUAAGCAGCGAGGAGGGAGGAAGUGGGUCCAAACGGCUCGGUUCUGAGACGUUGAUUGGACUUUGUGAAGAGGUUCGGGUCUUUCUGGAGGGAUGGAGGGGUUUUAACGGGCUGGACUGAUCCCGAGGAUUGUCACCACCGUCUGAAAGGUUUGGACGGUGACCGGGACAGAGACACACCGCUGUUUUGUGGUUUCGGCGACGUUCUGUUUCCCAACCGACCCGAUUCGGACGAAUCCUAACGGGUCUUUUGUUCAGACAAAGUCAUGACAACCAGAAAAAGCAGCAGCAGUGUGGCGGACUCCUCCACCACCUCCACCACCACCACCACCACCAACCACCAGAACCACCCGAGGAGCCGGAGUCCCAGCAGCGGGGUGUCCGAGGCGGCGGCUGGUGGAGGCGCGGUGGAGAUGUUCGGUGAAUUUCAGGACUGGUGCCUGCGGACGUACGGGGACUCCGGUAAGACCAAGACCGUGACCCGGCGUAAAUACAACAAGAUCCUGCAGACUCUCCUCCAGGGGGACGAGGAGAACGCGGUGUUUCUGCACGAGAAGGGCGGAAACAACAACCACAUCAACGCCAAAUUCAAAUUCUGGGUCAAGUCCAAAGGCUUCCAGGUCGGGACCCUGCAGGACGCCAAGAACGGAUCCACGGACAGACCGGUGCUGUACGUGCCCAUCAAGGCGACGUGCGUGGACAGCGUCUCGGGGGUGGACUCGUCCCUGAAGCGCGUGGCGGUGGUGGAGGACUUCUUCGAUAUCAUCUACGCCAUGCACGUGGAGAUCAGCAGCGACCCCGGCAAAGCCCCGAAACACGCCGGCCAGAAGAAGACGUACAAAGCUAUAGCUGAGACGUACGCCUUCCUGCCCAGAGAGGCGGUGACUCGUUUCCUGAUGAGCUGUGGCGAGUGUCAGAAGAGGAUGCACAUCAGCACCACAGGACAGGACUGCAAAGAGAACGACAGGCCGAGCUCUCUGGUGUUGGAGGUGAUAGACUACAACAUGCCUCUCACCACCACCUACAUGAAACAGAUGAAGCUGCAGUGUAUGAGCAACAAUAAGGAUGACAGUUCACUGAGCAGCGAGGAGGAGGCAGAGAUGAGCGAGCCCAUGUGGCUAGCAGCCGAUCCGGGAGCAGCGUCCGACCUGAGCCCGCCGAGCCGAGGGGAGAGGAUGCGCCACAGUCCCCAGAACACACACAGCAAGGAGGACGACGAGGAUUCGUCUUCAGAGAGCGGCAGUGGAAACGGCCUCCCUGCUCUGACUCCGCCAUCCUCCGCCGUAGUCAGGGAAGCUGAGGUUGUCAAUGGAAACGGUGGCCCCGCCCCGCUGGACUUCAGCACGCCCACUUCCUCCUCGUCAUCGUCUGAGGACCAGCAGCCGAUGAACCUGAGCGACCCGCCCCCUCCGCGCCUGCCCCUGUCCACCUCACACCUGCCCGUCACCGUGUCCGCGGCAGCCGCCGCGCUGCUCGGGGCGUUGCAUCCCAACGCGCCCGAGGAGCUCCGCAGGAAGUACCCGCUGGCUGCCAAGCCGCCGCAGGCUCCACACCCGGCCCUGCCGCUGCCGCACACACACACCCUGCACACACAUAAUGCACACACUCCCAACACACACUCCCAGUCCCACACACACGCCGCGGAGCUGCGACUGGACCGGGACGGCAGGGACUACGGGGGCAAGUCCCCACAGUACAGCUCAGGUGGCAGUUACGACAGCGUGAAGAUGGACUUGAGCGCCGAGGAUCUGACCAUGGGGCGUCACGGCAGCCAGGUUGCGCCCGACGAUGACGACGACGACCAUGACGACCACGAUGACAACGACAAGAUCAACGACACGGAGGGAGUCGAUCCCGAGAGACUAAAGGCCUUCAAUAUGUUUGUGCGUCUGUUCGUGGACGAGAACUUGGAUCGGAUGGUUCCUAUCUCCAAGCAGCCCAAGGAGAAGAUCCAGGCCAUCAUCGAGUCGUGCAGCAGACAGUUCCCAGAGUUCCAGGAACGCGCCCGCAAGCGCAUCCGCACCUACCUCAAAUCCUGCCGACGCAUGAAGAAGAACGGCAUGGAGACCCGUCCCACUCCACCUCACCUCACCUCAGCCAUGGCUGAGAACAUCCUGGCCGCCGCCUGCGAGAACGAAUCACGCAACGCCGCAAAGAGGAUGCGCCUCGAAGCCUAUCACGAUGAGCAGAUCUCUCUGGACAAGCCAUGCAGCGGCGGAGGCGGCCUGAGGGAGCCGGCGUCCCUCGCUCACUCCGCCUACUCCCUGGCCGCAUCAGCCUUCUCCUCCCAGGACACCCAGCUCUACAUCAACGGAGCCGGACUCAGCUACGGUUACCGUGGAUACCCGGGCCUGAGCGCUGCCAUGCAACAUCCCGUUUCCCUGACGACCGGCGCUGCUGCACAGAGCAACGACCUCAGCAUGAAAUCUCUCUCCUCCGCCAACAUCGCCAACUCCGCCUCCGCCAACAACAGCCUGGGCGGGCGGGGCAGCGGGGGCGCGGGAGGGGGCGGGGCGUCGACCCAGCUCAGCCAACCGGAGAUCACGGCCGUGCGUCAGCUGAUCGCCGGCUACCGGGAGUCGGCCGCCUUCCUGCUCCGCUCGGCGGACGAGUUGGAGAACCUCAUCCUGCAGCAGAACUGAUGUGGGGGAAGCGUGGGAGAACACACACACACACAUAAACACACACACACACACACUUUUUACGUUUGUUUCGUGUCCGUCUGCACCUCCCCGACGCCGAGCGCCUCUCCUUAAAUUUGUUGGUUCCUCCUCGUCGGCCUUCUCUUCGGAAACUGUGGCAACUUUUUUGUUUUUGGGAAAUGUGACAGAAAAAAACAAUCCCACAACCUCAACCCAUCGAUUCUGCCUGAGGAGGAGGAAGGAGGAGGAGGAGGAGGAGCGAGGAGGAGCGAGGGGUGGAGAUGGAAAAUAAAAGCUUCUUGGAGCAUCUGGACAUCUCUUCCUCUCCUCUCUGGAAGCACCUCACAAUCAGCACUGCACUCUGAGCGAAGGAGUGUGGAGGAGAGGAGGAGAAGGAGGAGGAGGAGGAGAGGAGGAGGUGGAGAAGGUUUGAUGAUUCUGCUGCUGUGGUUUCAGAAGAAAAAAAAAAAAAACUUUGUGGGAGUCGAUCGUAACAAUGAAAAAGAUGAAAGACGACUUCGUUCCACUGCUUUGAUUUGAUUUUUCGUUUUUUGGGAGUCCAGUGAGCAUUUCUUUGAUUUUUGUGUUGUUGUUUUUUUUUUUUUUUUACUCUUCCCAAGUGACUGAAAAGAAAGAAAGAAAGAAAGAAAGAAAGAAAGAAAGAAAGAAAGAAGAGAAGCAGUUGGACUUGUCUUCACAGAUAGCACUAAAAACUUUGGACGAGCUGUCGACCAACACUGGAAAAGAAAAGACAAAAAAAAAAAGUUUGAUUUGAAACAGAAACUUGUUUCGUGCUCGCUUGUAAAUACGCUCUCUGUGUCCUUCAGCACUUUCCCCUCUCCUCCUCUCCUCACCUCCUCUCCUCACCUCCUCACCUCCUCACCCUGCGUCCUCACCCCCUUUUUACCCAGGGAGCAACUUGCUACUUAUGCAUCCAAGACGCCAUGUUGACCACCAGGAAAUACCUCAGAUCAGACCUGCCAACUUCACACACACACACACACACACACACACACACACACACACACACUGCAAGUGAAUGGCAACAUUCCCUCCAGAAGCCAGUUUACUUCUUCUUCUUCUUCUUCUUCUUCUUCUUCUUCUUCUUCUUCUUCUUCUUCUUCUUCUUCUCUGCCACCUGAUGUCUUCAAGGUUUCUCUGUUUUUCGGGGGGAGGAGAGAGAAUCAGAAACUGUGCCGCGCAGAAAGACGAUGAAGCGUUUCGGAGACUUUCCUUUUCGUCUGUGCGGGUCCGUUCGUGUGCUGCUGUAUAUAAUCAGUUCAUCUUGAAAACUGGAGUUUGAAGGAGGUGGAGGGAGGUGGGUGAGGGGUGGAGGGUGUGUGGAGGUGAGGGGCUUUGUUAAAUGUUGAUUUUACCUCAGCAUCGUUCUGUUUAACACCCUCCCUCCUUCCCUCCCUCUCUCCUCCUCCUUCUCCUCCUCUCCAUUGGACCUACUCUUCACCUCUUCUUUGUGGACCUAAGCGUCUUCCUCCUCCUCCCUGGUCCGGUCCAGGUUUCAGAGGAAGAGGAGGACGGCUCUGUCUUACUGUGUCUGUUAAACUCUGAGAUGGCCAUUACUAUUGUUCUUAUUGUUAUUGUUAUUAUUAUUACUAUGAUUCUAAUGAUGAACUUUCAUGUUGCUGCUGCUAUAUAAAACCGGACCUUCUGCCAUAGACCUGAAACCUCAAACAAAGCCGGGCGUUAGCUAGCCGCAGUGCCCCGUGAAAACCCGACCGACCGACCUCGACCGCAACAAAAGCAAAAACAACACAAAGACUCAUGGGAGAUCUCAGCCGGGGUCACGUGUCUCCUCUCUGCGACUCGGUUGGCUGGUUUCUGAGUUUUUUUUUGCUUCAUAGGGCUUGAUUCUUGAUUCAUGUCGUGUUUUGUGACUUUCUAACUGUGAAUUCUUUCCACCGUGUUUCUUUGGGUUUCUUCCCGUGUUUUCAUCCGGACGCGUUAGGCCAACAAGUACACAACAAGUACACAACAAGUACACAACAAGUACACACUGGAGUGGAGAAUACUGAGGAUCCUUUUUUGUUUUUCUUGCUCAGCAAGUUAAAAAUGUUUUUCUCAGACACCUGGUGGCUCCUGCAGCCUCGUGUACCUGUUGUCCUGUCCACAGUCGAGACACUUUGGGAAACGAGCUUCUUUCUUGUGGAGAGUUGAUGAGACACAGCGGUCAUGACUGGAGGUUACCUCAGCUGGAAACAAUCAGAACAGUGCGACGCGUGAAGACUCGGCGUGGUUCCCACAGAUUGCUUAAAAGUUUGUGAAUUCAAGGGGGAAACAUCAAGGCCUUGAAAGUGUUUUGAUAAUUGGCAUUGAAUUUUGAUCCAUGUCUCAAACUGGGUCCUUGAAUUUGAGGGACUUGGGCCUUAGAAAUCCUUGAAAAGUCCUUGACUUUUUUGGUUUUAUGAUUGGCACGAGCUGUUUCCAGCUUCAUGUUUAACGUACAGACAUGUGAGCGGUAUCAAUCCUCUCCUCUGACCGUCUGUGAGAAAGAAAAUUAGAAUAUUUCUCAAAAUGUCGACCUGCAACUCCAGUUUUAUCUCUUGCUCAAAAAAGCCAAAUUGUCGGUGUGACGUCGUUGAUUUCUGGGAUUAGUUUUUGAGCCACACACACUCAUCACCUGUCGUCCAGAGGAGGUUCUGACUCCUUCUCGUCCUGAAGCGUCGCUCUGUGUUUCUGUGCUCCUGCUGUAGUUCCCACUCGUGUCUCGUCUCCGUGAUUUGCUCCCUGUUAUUUUGCACACAGCAGUGAUCUGUGAUUCGAGGAGGCAGCGAUGAACUCACUCUGCUGAAGUGAGACGAGAGCUGAGGAAGAGGCGUUUGGGUUUUUUUUGCAAUGCAGUUGAUAAUCAGAGACAGGAACGUUCAUUCAGUUUCCAUCCAUCCAAACGUCACUGAUUCACAUCCACGUGCAAUGUCAGAGCCGCCGCGUCGAGUUUGAAAUGUGGAAAAUGUAAAUUAUUUAAUUUAUGGACGAUUAGAUGUAGAAUUCUAAAAGUUUUUUUUUGUGUGACGGGAAGCUCUGAGAGAAAUAUGCAAAAAAAAAAAAGAAGAAGAGGACGAGCAGCGUCGUCAGAGUCCGACAUGUUGGUGAAGACGUUUUAGUUCAUUUACCUAAAAAAACUCACACGAUGAAAUCUUGUGAGACUCACUGAGGUACAAUCAAUUUUCUCUCUUCAUUUCUAAAUUUUAGUGUCUAGAGGUGAUUAAUAUUUAAACAUUAUUAAACCCAACAUGAGACUUUGUUGAUGACGCCGGCGUCCCGUCCUCCUGUUUGAUCCUCACUGUGCUUUCAGAUACUGCCAACAUUUCUGGUUUUCAGUGUCGGGGAGGAGAUCCGGCACCUUUGGGGGGCACCUGGCUCGAUCCAGAUGUGCUCAGUCGACCUUUUAAGGUCCACUUGCUCUGUCUGAGGGACCAGUCAACACUCGGUUAAUGAGAACGAAUCAGAUUUAAUUAUCUCACAGCUCAGCUGCACCUGUGAUGUUUCCCAACCUGUAAUAAAGUUGCAGGUUUGGAAAUCUGAAUUCCAACUGACAAAUUUGUGGUCCCUCCGAUCAAAGCAGGAACAGUUUCAGCGUCCUGAUGUGUGGCUCUAACUGUCUGAAAUGUUUUUUAAGAAAUGAACGGGUUUGAAAUGUGGGUUUAUGAUGUGCACGAGGGAUGACGUCAAGUUUCAAAUCAAAAAAAGAAAAAGGAAUAUGAGCAUCAUUUUGACGUCAGCGCAGCCUCUGCAGCCUCUGUCAGAUCUUCUGGAUCUUCAGCACUGUGUUUCUCAAACUGCAGCUCGGAGCCUGACAGGAGUCGGAAAUGAUCAGCGGUGAAGAGUGGUUUCAUUCACUUUGGUUCCCCUCAAUGGAAAAAUAAGAGCAGUUUAAGAUUCAGGCUCUUAUUGUCCUUCGUCCCUCUAGCAGAAUAACUCGAGCUCGUCCUUAAAAGUCCAAAAAGGAAACAAAGUGCCCGAGUUGAACUCUGGGUCGGGCAGCAGCAGACACAGCUGCCCUGACUUCAGGAGUGUUUGACGUGAUAAUCAAGGAGUCUGCCGGCAGAGCGAGGGUGGCGUUUGGGACUUUUCGGACUCUUUCGUUGGUUCUCGAGUAUCAAAGUUCAACCUCAGAAAAAGACGUGAAAUUCAGUUUUUGUACGAGCCGGGUCA